AUGGUAGAGGUUGUUACAGGAACCACAACAUCACGUAGAAGUAAAACCAAAUACCCAGAAUGGCUGACGUGGCUAACUGAUGCUUCUGAUACGACUACCACAUCCUUUUUUGAGAACUUAAAAUCUUCUGCACCUUCGCAAAGUCCAUUAACGUCUGUUUCUACGCUUGAAAUGACUCAAAGUGCACCCAAAGGCAAUAAGUUGAAGUCAAAAGUUAACUCUUGCUAUAUGUGCGGAGUCUUGAAGAUGGGAAUACCGAGAAAUCAAGAAUGCUACCAAGUUUUUGAUUCGCCUGAUCUAAGAUACCGAUAUAAGAAAAAACGGUUUCGUGUAAAGUGCGUCCAUAACUCGGUAACUUACUGGUCUGGUCGAAACUUCUAUGGACCGUUCUUUCGCGGUGGUUGCUUCAAACGAUUCCUUGAUAUAGGAACAAUUUACAAUGAACGAGGAUGUCGGGUCAACUCUGAAUGGUCGAAGCGAGGUACUUACGCCUCUAAUAGGUUUAGAAAAUUGGAAAAACUGCUGAAUAAAAUAGAUGAUGGAUGUGUUUCGAGUCCCCAUGCAUCGCUUACUCCCUUUAGUCGAGCUAUUUCUUUAUAUGCGAGGAAUUCAGAAAAGAAAUCAGUGGAACCAUAA